AUGGCUGGUAGAAAUGAGAUCCUUUGCCAGGUGUACCAGGAGCCGCUGAAGCUCUUCUGUAAGGACGAUGAAGCCCUCGUCUGCAUGGUCUGUGUCAAAUCCGGGGAGCACAAAGAUCACAGGAUCCUUUUUCUUGAGGAGGUCUCUCCAGAAUACAAGGAGAAGUUCGCCAUCUUUCUGGAUAUGCUGAAAAAGGAGAGAGACAGGAUUGUGAAGCAAGUGACUGGAGAGAAGCGACAGAUGGUCACCAACUUCAGAGAACUGCACUCGCUUCUGGAGAAGCAAGAGAACCGUUUGGUGGCUCAGUUGGAAGAGGUGGAGGAGGAGGUGGGAAGAAACAGGGAUCAGCAUCUCAUCAAGUUUUCUGAGGCACUCUCCUCUGUGGACAGCCUCAUCCAGGAGGUGAAGGAGAAGUGUCAGCAGCCGCCCACUGAACUCCUGCAGGGUGCCAGGAGCCUCUUGCAGAGGUGUGAAGGAAAACCAAAAUUCAGGAAUCCAGUGCGUUUUUCGCUUGCACUGAAGUGGAAGAUCUGGGAAACCUCAAAUCCAAAUCCCCUUUUGGAGGGUAUCAUGAGGAAAGUCAAAGAGAUACUGGAUUUUGGACUUUGCCCGCAGGAAGCAAAAGUGACGCUGGAUCCAGACACAGCCGGUCCCUUCGUAGUCCUGUCUGAGGAUCAGAAAAGUGUGAGACCAGGAGGAAGAGCUCACAUUCUACCUUUCAGUCCUGACGGAUUUGAAUGUUAUAUGGCUGUGUUGGGCCGUGAAGGGUUCACAGGAGGCCACUAUUUCUGGGAUGUCCUUGUGGGAAUUGAGGAAGGAUGGGCUUUGGGGGUGGCCAGAAAUUCUGUGAACAGAAAUGAACGGAUUGCGUUCUUUCCUGAGAAAGGGAUCUGGGCUGUGGGGAAAUGGGACGGGUGCUACAGGGCUGCAAAAAACUGCUCUUAUAUUCCCCUGGCCCUGCCUGGGAAGCUGAAGAAGAUCCGAGUCAGUCUGAAUUAUGAUGGGGAUCGAGUGGCCUUUUUCGACUCUCCCCGAGGAAUCCUCUUAUAUGAGUACUCUGGAGUCUCCUUCUCUGGAGAGACCCUCCUGCCCUUCUUUUGGGUGUAUGGAAGAGGCCACCUCAGUCUCCCUUCUUGA